UUAUCAUUACUAAAGUAUCACUUAGCGAAAGAGCCUAUAGCAAAUAGGGCCUGGACAUGCAUUUUAGAAACACAAUCCUCCCUUCAAAUUGUUCUCAUUCUAGGUUAUUAAAGACGGUCACUCCAUUGGACAAAUCCUUGCUUUUAUGCUCCUUCUCUGACAUCUGUAAUUGUAAACUAAUACAGUUGCUAUUACAUCAUGCCCUCUUCGGGUUGCAGAACAAAGGAAGAAAUAUUCCAACUCAAACGUCAUCAUGCAUGAAACGUCACAGUACCAUGUCCAGCACUUGGCUACCUUCGUUAUGGAUAAAAGUGAGGCCAUUGUAACCGUGGAUGAUGCCAUCAGGAAGCUCAAACAGCUAAACUCCAAAGAGAAGAUCUGGGCACAAGAAAUGCUGCUGCAGGUGAAUGAUAAAUCUAUUCGACUGCUGGAUUGUGGAACUCAGGAAGAGCUCGAAGACUUCCUCCUGCCAACAGUCCAGCACUGCCAGACUGUGCUGAAUCAGAUGCGAUAUUCCUCCAUCCUCCUGUUGGUGUGUCAAGAUUCCGAACAGCACAAGCCUGACAUUCACUUCUUUAACUGUGAUGAAGUAGAGGCAGAGAUGGUUCAUGAGGACAUAGAAAGUGCACUUGCGGACCAUAAAUUUGGAAAGAAAAUACGGCCGCAGACCCUCAAGGUGAAUCAAGAGAAGAUCAAGCAGAGGCAAUCCAUCCUUCCACCACCUCAAGGGCCUGCACCCAUCCCUUUCCAGGAUGAAGCCAGAGGUUUCCCAAAGAACAACCAGAAUCGCGUGGCCCCUCCAUCCCAGCAAGAAUAUGAUCGACGAAGUAGUAGCUCUCAGGAUCAGGAGUCUCGUGCAGCUUUAGCACAGAAGAUUGAAAAAGAAACGCAAAUACUGAAUUGCACCCUCGAUGAUAUUGAGCUCUUUGUUGCCAAGCUUCAAAAAGCAGCAGAGGCAUUCAGGCAACUGAACCAAAGGAAGAAGGGAAAGAAGAACAAGAAGAAAGGGCCAGCAGAGGGAGUUCUGACUCUGCGUGCAAAACCUCCACAUGAAGCUGAGUUUCUUGACUGCUUUCAGAAAAUCAAGCUGGCACUAAAUCUCCUGGCCAAACUGAAAAAACAUAUUCAGAAUCCAAGUGCUUCAGAAUUAGUCCAUUUCCUGUUUGGACCACUGGAACUGAUUGUUAAUAGCUGUGGAGGCCCUGAAUUUGCAAGGUCUGUCAUCAGUCCACUUCUUUCAAAGGAUACUACAGAUUUUCUGAAAGGGCAUCUAACACCAAAGGAGAUGGCAUUGUGGGAAUCCUUAGGAGAGACUUGGACAAGGUCAAGAACCGAAUGGCCAAGAGAUGCCAACAUCCCAAGAUACGUUCCAAAGUUUCACAAUGGAUGGGAACUACCCCUGGAAAUAUUUCGUGGGGCUCCAUGGGAAAUCGAUAUUGGCCAUCUGCAAGAAGAGAGGCUGUCAUCACCCAAUGGGCAUUCCAAUCGCCACUUGACGCCAGUCCAGACUUCAGAUCAAAUGCAAGGUGUAGAUGCCUUUGCUCAGCAUGUUACUCAACAUGUAAAUAGGAAUUUUGAGGCACAGGGUAUGGCUCAGUCAAAGAGAUAUGCCAAAAUUCUUUACGAUUUCACUGCUCGAAAUGCAACCGAACUGUCAGUGCUGAAAGACGAAAUUCUGGAGGUGUUGGAAGAUAACAAACAGUGGUGGAAGCUGAAAAACCGAAGUGGGCAGGCUGGUUAUGUUCCAUAUAAUAUCUUGGAUCUGGUGAGCCCGGAGGAUUUUGCAGCAAUUGAGCAGGGUAAUCAGAAAUACCGAGACUUGCGUCCAAGAGCAACUGGACCUUCCAGCCCCUCCCAUAAGUUACCUGCUAGCUAUGCUGGAGACAAAUGGGGAAGUGAAAUGGCAGCCCGCAAUUCCUCAGAUGCCAAAGAACAAUUGAUCCAUCACAUGGAUGAGGUCAAUGACGAAUUGCUGAAAAAGAUCACAAAUAUCAAAAUCCAGCCACCUCAAAGGAACUUUAGAGUAGAGAAGACCCAGCAGGUUCUUGUGCCCUUGACCUUUGAAUCCAAUGCUGAAGAAGUCAAAGUUUGGCUGGAAGCAAAUUCAUUCAGCAAAGGAACUGUGGACCAUCUUGGCAUACUGACAGGAGCACAGCUUUUCUCCUUGAACAAAGAAGAAUUGAAAAAAGUAUGUGGAGAAGAAGGUGCCCGGGUAUUUAGCAAAAUCACAGUGCAAAAAUCUAUUCUAGAGGAAAAGAGAGAGAAGUCAGAACUUGAGGAAAUCAUGACGCGACGCCAAGAGAGAAUUGAUUCUACUAUUUAAGUUCUUUUGGUUUAUUUCAACUCAUAGUCACAUAUAUUUACUUGCAGGAAAAAGGGAAAAAAGCAAAAAUAUAAUGGAGUACCUCUUCAAGUGAGACUGCUGGGAUUAUCAAUGUAAAUUGCCAUUCAGACCAACUGUUCCUUCAGCACUCUUGACAAAGGGAAUGCUAAACUCCCUCAUUAAUUUGACAUUGCAUUGGAAGAGAAGUUGUAGUAUUGAAUGAAGUAUGAAGUAUUAUAUUUUUAUAUCACUAUAUUUUAUACAUAAAUGUUACGUGUAUGAUUUCAGAGCAUGAGGAGGAUCAGAAUUCUGCUCUAAGCAAAGGUUGGAUUGAAGCAAAACCGCUCUCUGUGGCCCAUCAGUGCAUCCAGAACUGGCUGGAAAUACUGACAUAAGCCAGUAUAGCCACAUGCUUUGAAGACUGCAUGCUUCUAAAUCUUCUGCUACAGUUUUGUACAAAAUACAGUACAAUCUGUAUCUAGCAUGUAGUGGGGAAUCUUCUGCACCAUCUUUGUUACAUAUAAAAAGCCAUAUAAGAUUAUCACUAGCAGGCAAAACGUUUAAGUUUGAGUGGGGGGGGCGGGGGUCCUAGAAAGAAUUCAAUUAAGUAUUUUUUUGUUUCCAAGUUGUUUUAAAAAAAAAUUACAUGCUGUCAAAAAGGAUCUUGGGAAAAUAUCCUGUACUGUAAUAACUAGGGUUUGUCCAAUGGCAGUUUAAUGAUUAACUGCUUCAUUCAUAGUGAAAGUGAUAGCAUUCACUGCUUGCAAGAUCACAUCUCUCCAUUCAUUGCAAAUGUUUUUGUAAAGGGUUUGGCCACCCCCCCCCCCCAAAAGACUUGAAUCAACUUGAACGCUUUGCUCUUGCCCAGGCUUGACCCCACAUACCUCUGUUCUGAUCCUGAAACGAUCACAUGAGACAUCCUGAUAUUUCAACAGCUAAUCUAAAUAGUUACAAUAUUCAAAUUGUCUUGUGAAAAGGAAUGUCAAGGCAUAUAGAAGAGUGUAUAACUGAACUGGCCCUUAGCCAUAUAUAUACAAACUUCCACUUCUCACCAGUAUAAGGAAAUGCCUGGUGUUCCUAGAGUCCAAUCCUAUAUAUAUUUACUUAGAAGUGACUACCAGCCUAAUGGGAAGAGCUCUCAGGUUGCUCUGACGUUUCCCAGACCUAUUUUAUUUUAUGGAUACCCUCUUGUUAACCAAUGGGAGGAAUUUUUUCUCCACUAGCUGCAACAUUGGUGUAGAUUAAGAGUAGGUUUAGGGCAUGUCAGGAACCCAAAAAGGCUAGCUAUAUGCUCUCAGGAUAUUCCGUUUCAGUUCCCCCUGACAUUGAAGUUCGGAUGUUAGCAAGCAAUCAACAUGGAAGUUUUCACAGAUGUUGGGAAAGAAUAUUCAAGGUUAGAUCCCUUGACUCCACAGGAAAAUUCAAGAAGUCCUAUUGUCUCCGGAAUACUCUUCCAGAAACCAAAGAAAUACAGCUUAGAAAUCAAUGUGUGUUUCUUUAUUUUAAUCCAUUAUCACCAAACUGUGUUCAGGCCAAGCUUUAGAAUGAAGGGCUAUAGACAUAAAAUUUAGUAACUGUUCUCAGUAACAUAUUCCUUUUUCUUCAAGGAAACAGUGGACUGAAAUGAAAGCCAAACAAAUAUAUUCACAUUUGCUGAUUGGCAUGGCCUUAUGUUGCUUUUUUUACUUCAUCUUUUAAAUCCUAGGGAUGGGCCAAAAUUAGUUGUAUUUGUUUGAGCAUUCUUGACACAUAGGCAGCCUCAGUAUUGCACAAUUAAUAAUGAUUAAUCAAAACAUGAGGAAGAACCUAAAAUCUAAUUUCAAUCUGAUAGGAUUCACAACAUCCCAACUAUGAAAUCUGCUGGGGAGGGAUACACAAUAUAUGGUUCAUAAGACAAUUUAUUUUGACUCCAGGAAAUACUGUAAUGUAUAUAAAUUUUCAUAAAAACUAAAUUUAUGACCCAAAUGGAGAGGAAGAAAAUGAAAUAUGGAUAUAGUACAUGGUACCUUGUGUGCUCAAGACACUAUUAACUACCCUUUUAUAAUUUUUAAAGUCCAGAACAUGUUGGCUGAAAACUUAUAUUUGGUGGUAAAAGUUUUCAGUUGCUAUAUCGUGCAGAGGUGCCACUCUGUACCCUAUCUUUUGUAAAGCGAAGUGUCGUCUUUACUUAAUUAGGCUUAAGCCAAAAUCCACAACCAGUUGUGAUACUCAGAUGCUUAUCUUUUUCUGUCCAAAUUAUAUUACUGGCUGUUUACACCCUCAUUUGGAAGCUACUUAGUCCAAAAUUGAAAAGUACGCAAUUGAAAUGGGACAGCAGUCUUAUGACAAUUGCUGUAGUCAGUGUUGGUGAAUAUAACUCCAUUUAAGCUUUAAUGUUUAAAAACAUCUGGAAAUAGAAACUUGGCAAAUCAGUAUAUAUGACAUUAGCUGCUAAAUGCUCAUUUACCUUUAUUUUGAGACUGAAGAUAUAUGUCUUGCAGAAAUCGUUAAAUGUAGACUGUGUCUGGUAUGUCGUUUAUUCCAAAAAAUCUGUAUUAUUCUGCAUGUCUGGAGAAAUUUGCAAGACCAAGCCUUUAAAUAAUGCAUACUUUGCUCCUUAAUGUCCCUCCAUCUACUAUUAUUUGUACAUUAACCACAAAUAAUUUUAUCUGGUUUACUUUAUCUGUACAUAAACAUGUAGACAAGGUUCUUAGAAAUGAAACAAAAAGCCUUCAUGGAGAUAUUACUAAAUAAAACUAUGCUCACAUUAUGUAUUUUAAAGGUAGCUGUGCAGAGAUAAUGUAAUCAUUCUUUAAAAAGUAUAUAUUAUAUAUGAAGCUGACAAAUAUAUAAGCAGCAGCAGAUGCACUUACUAAUUAUAGAGCAGGCAAGACUUAACUAUCUGCUUAUCGUAUGGGAUAUUAAUAAUAAAGCCAAACAAAGUAAUACACUUAUUGAGAGCUCCUAACAGGAAGGUUAAACAAUGUAAGUAAUAAAUACAUGGCUAUGUUCUCACUUUUAAAUGUAUGUUAACAGUAAUAGGAUGUACAUUUUAAUUCAUGAAAGAUACGUGAUUAACACCAUUAAGGAACAACUUCGAGAGGAAGAAGUCAAAGUACAAAAUUAUUUUUUCCCUGCGGCGUAUUGGCGUAGUGACAUUAUCCCUUCUUUCAUGUGACUUUUUACAGCUCUAUAAAAAUCUUUGCUCCUAACUGAGCUGAAAUACAUUUGUCUGGCUCUUAUUUUCCAAUGACAUGUCAGAAGAACAGAAGGGCUUUGGAUCCUCUAAAUCCACAGCCCAUCUUGGCAUGUUUGACUUUUCUGUCUGAAGGCAUUAUAAGUAAUACUAUUAGUGCCUUUUCCGCAACAGCCAAUAGGAAGCUUGUGAGAUCGAAUCUCCUCCUACUUGGAGCAAUCACAUUUCUCUCUGCCAUUGGAGAAGGACUGCCAAACACAUUCUAUUGCAGUUGCAAGACUGUCCUGUAUCAUAUUAAUGAAGCAACCAAGGUCUUGAUUGCAUCCCAAGCCCCAGAACGCUGCUUUAGAAAAACUGGUCUCUGUCUUAAUUUAUUCGGAAGUGUUUGAAGCAUAUCAAAUUGAGUAUACACUUGUCUCUGAAGAUAUGCCUAACCAAAGAUGCUUUGAUUAGUGCUACUGAAUUGUCUGUAUGUAUGUACUAUAAAUCAAAGUGGCAAGUUGGUUUGAAAAUACUAAUUUUAAAAUGUAUCCUUAUGCAAGAUAUGGAUGGAAAUUUUAAUGCUUUGCUUAAUUGUAUCUACACUUCAUUGGUUACACAAUUUGCAUUUCAACCAAAUGGGAAAUUGAGAUUUUUAAUGUCCUCUCUUGCAUAUUAAAACUGUCUGCCAGCGCU